UUCUAUUCUAGUUUCUCUCUCUCUUUCUCUCUCGCAAUUAAAUACUGAGUCGUUUGAAAAGAAAUUUCAUUCUAGAGAGUCAAAGAGAACUAAGAAAAUGACAAAGACGGAAAGACCCAUGUCUUCUGCGCCAUCUGUUAAAUGUAUCUUGUCAACCAAACAGGUAAUGUUGCAUACUAAAAAUUAUUGAUAAGCAAAAGAAAUGCUUACUCAUUUAUCUUUCUAACUCAUGAAAUCUGACAGCAAAGGCCAUGAGGCAGAUAUUAUACUGAACAUGCUUCUGUAAAGACAGUCAACUUUUUUAGAAGAUAGUACGUAUGUUAUGCUGUAUGUUGUUCUUGAUUACUAUUGUACUCGUGUACUUACGUUAUUUUCAAAAAUACAAUUUGGUUCAGUUUAGAUAUAUCCGUCAUCUAUUUGUUAAAAGAAUGGAUGUUAGUGAACAAGAACAAGAAUUACAAACUAUUUUAUCCGACACAUUUUGCUUUUAUAAUGAUCCAACAAAACGUUAUAUAUUGAAAUUAAAUAAUUCAGCGUUAAUUAUCACACUAUUGUUGAAUAAUAAUAGACAAGAUAAAAACUAUCAAAAUUUGAAUGUCAAUGGAAAUGACGAUGAGCAGCGGAUAACAAAUAUGCCGGCAACACUGUCAUCUUCUACUCUUGUAAUUUCAACCGAUGAUAUUUAUGGUUGUUUAUGUAUGCGUUCGAAAAAACAAGAAAGUCAAGAUUGUCAUUUGACAAUUUAUUUAUAUUCAUCCACAAAAAAAACAUUUAGACAAACAAUGCAACGGUCAAGUAAAACUUAUACUUACCAGAAAUAUGCUGAUUUUAAUCAAAAUUAUGUGGAAAUGAUGAAAUGGCAUGAAUCGAUAAGAAGGAUUAUUGAUUUAAAGAAAAACAUUCCACGUGAUCUUGUACCGAAACGUGCUAAACGAACACUAGUAUUUAUUAAUCCAGCUGGAGGCGCUGGAAAAGCAUACAAAUUAUUUAUGGAACACGUAGCUGGCAUAUUUUUUGAAGCAGAAAUGCCAUAUCAUGUUAUAACGACUGGUAAUCAUGCCGGUCAUGCAAGAGACUGUGUUCAAUCGAUGAAUCUGAACGAUUGGUAUGGUAUUAUUCUCGCUUCGGGCGAUGGUUUAGUUUAUGAGGUUAUUAAUGGUUUACUCAGUCGUCCUGAUUGGCUACAAGCAUUACAAUUACCUAUUGGUCAUUUGCCAUGUGGUUCGGGAAACGCGUUAAUUACGAGUAUUUUACGAUGUAGCAAACAAAUUCCGAUGGUUUCAUUGGAAGAAUUUGUUAUUCAAGCCGCUGUUCUAAUAACUACGCACAACGUUGUACCAAUGGAUAUGGCAAUUAUUGAUACCAUCGAUGGACAACGAUUAUUUUCGUUUCUUUCAGUUGAAUGGGCAACAAUAGCUGAUGUUGAUUUUGAGAGUGAAAAAUAUCGAUUUUUAGGUGAAACUCGAUUUACUAUUGAAGUCUUAAAACAUAUUCUUCAUCCACGUGUAUAUGACGGAUAUAUUGAUUAUCUUCCGUAUGAAAAUAGUGAUAGUUCGACGACAAUAUCCAAUAAUUAUAGUUCAAUAUCAUCAAUAAAUCAAUUACAACGUCAUCUUUUUCCAUUGAAUGAAGAAAUAAAAAUUGAUGAUAAUAGUAAAUGGCGUAGAAUAAAUGGGCCAUUUUUACAUGUUCUUAUCACAUCGAAGCCCUGUAUUUCAAAAGAUGUAAUAUCAGCAAAACAAUCAACAUUGGCCGACGGUUAUUUAACAUUGCAAUAUGUCCGUAGUGGUGUAUCCCGUGUUAAUUUAGCUAAAAUGUUUAUAGGAAUAUCAACUGGAAAACAUUUUGAUUAUAAUUUUGUUGAAUGGUUGCCUAUGAAAGCAUUUCGUAUUGUUCCAAAUGCUACCGAAGGCAAUAUAAUGGUUGAUGGUGAAAAGGUACCAUAUGGUCCCAUACAAGGCGAAGUUCUUCCAAAUAUAGCACGUUGUAUGGGUAAACUACCGAAUGAUCAACGAUAA